AUUUUUGCCGAAGGUCGUGUUCUGUUUUCUCGUCUUAAAUGUGACAUAAAAGCAUCUCAAAUCCAGUUAUAUGUUUAGUUCUUCAUCAACAGAGAUCCACAGAGAUGCUGUCGCUGCGAAAACUAAAAGAUCUGUGGACGAUUUUGUUGUUUGUGGCCCCCAUUUGUGAGUCACAGACGCGGAUACAGCUAAAGGAAGUGGCAGUGGAGCGAUUGGAUUGUCAGGAGAGCCUCUGUGUGGGAUUGGAGUAUCCCUCACCCUCGGAGGUGGCAUUUUUUGGAGAGAAUAUAGGAAAGAAACUCAAGAACUAUAAAGCUCUGAUCAUCCACAGUUCCCGAUUGACGAAUCUACCAAGAAAUGUCUUUCAAUGUCUGCCACAACUCGCUGAAUUUGAUGUUCUGGAAUGUGAGCUGCAGCACAUAGAAAAAGAGUGCUUCAAAGGUUCGCAGAACUUAAAGAUACUCAAUCUAGGAGGAAAUUCUAUUAGGAAAAUGGAAGGAAACACCUUUGAUCUUUCGACAGAGCUCGAGGAUUUGAAUUUAUCCGAUAAUCAAUUGGAGGAACUCCCUAGGGGAGUAUUUUUGCAUCUAAAAAAGCUACGAAAACUCAAUCUAUCCAACAAUAAAUUGAAGAUUAUAUCGCUAGAUGUUUUCUCUCCCUUGAAGGAACUUCAGAGCGUAAAUCUGGACAGCAAUCACUUGAAAGAACUGCCCAGAGGACUCUUCAAAGAACUGAGACUCCUCUCAGUUAGAAAUAAUCUACUAGAACGGAUAUCCAUGAAUACUUUUACAACGAUAGCACAUCUCAUACUCUCGGAUAAUCCACAGCUAAAGAGACUUCAUCUGACAGGAAACAUCAACGAGCUGCAGGCCUCCAAUUGCGGUCUAACAUCUGUGAUCCUCGAUGGCCGUAUCAUCAGUCUUCAAUUGGAGAACAAUCGUCAGCUGGAAAAUGUGAGACUUACACAACCCCAAGCCCUAGAGCAGCUCCAUUUGGCCAAUGCGAAUCUUUCGAGCCUGGAUUUUCUAUCAAAGGCCACGAGAUUGAUGGAUUUGGAUCUGUCGGGCAUAGAGAAGCUCAAGGGGGUGCCUGAUCUAUGGAAAUCGAACCGUUUGGAGCGCUUGAGCAUCACCUAUCCCAUGGACAUGCUGGCCGAGUUGAAAGAUCUGGACUAUCUAGAGAUACAACAGGAAAAACUACGAGAGAUUUACAUCAAGGAUGUGGAUUAUGACUUCUUUGUCAAAGAAGAUGCCAUUAAGUGUGGACAUUUGAGGGAGCUCUUAAGCGACACGGGUGUGCCGAAGGACGUGACCUUUUGGGAGGAGGAUUCGACACUUAAAUGUGGAGAUCAUUAAGAAAACUUUCAGGAAAAUAAACUUGCCACUUGCCUUUGUUUAAUCAAUCUUUCAACCAAUUUCCUUCGACAUUUCAGUGGAUUU